AUGGCUUCCAACCUCGAUGACUCCGAUUUAGACCAUGCCAUGACCCAUGAGCCGAAUAGUGCAAAUCUCUCAACGAUGGAGAAGAAAAUUAAGGAGAAGAAUCAACAACUCAAGAAGCUUUCAAAAGCGUUCUAUGCACUCCAACAAGAAAAGAGAGAUCUCGAAGAAUACUGUAUUGUACUGGAGUCCGAAAAUAUGGAAUUUCGGAAAGUAAAAGAACAAAUGGAUUUCCUGAAAAGCAAGGACGAGGAUAUUGCCAGACAACAUCAAAAACUUCUUGAAAACGAAGAAAAACACAUCCAAAAGCUUGAAAAAGAUAUUGAGAAACAUAAAGAAGAGAAGAGGAAAUUACAAGCAAAGAUCAAAGACUAUUUCCUUCCAGAGAUUAAAAAACUGCAGACUCUGAGUGCCAAACUUGAAAAAACGAACCUCAUGCAAAAAAACCAGUUGAAAGAAUUGAAAAACGAGCUCAAAGAAAAGAAUAAGACCAUCGAACGAAUGAUUGAAGAAGCUAAACGAGAUGAGUCGCUUCAAAAUAUUCGAUUUUUACAAGAUCAAAAUGCUGUGUUGCAAGUCGAUCUCCAAACUUUAAAAAAGAAACUCACAAAGAAAACCAGCAAAUGCCAAGAACAAAAAGAAGAGAUAUCUUCUCUGCUAUCUCGAAUUGAAGAAUUAGAAGAUCAACUCCAAAGAAAAAGCGCAUGGAAUUCACAGACUCAACUCUUUUAUACUGAAAAGAAGGAGCAUAUCGAUACUUUAAAGCGUGAGAAGAUGAGUCUUUCAAGACAGCUCAAGAAAGAGAGCAAGAAGGCCAUGAAGAGAGAAGAAAUCAUUACAGAUCUUUUGGAAAGAAAUGCCAAGUUGAGACAAGCAUUUAUUAGUUCAAGCAUUCCUCCUCCAACGGUGGUUGACCAUGUCGUCGAAAAAGCUUUCUAUGAUAACGUUUCGAAUCAACUCAAAUUAAUUCAACAACAACUGGACAUGGAUGUUGGCUCUAGAGAAAUCAUAGACGCUCAAAAUCUUGAAAAAGUAGUGGAAGAGGUACCCAUAACAUUCCCUUCUUCACCACCUCGUUUUUCAGAGGAAAAUGAAGAAGUAACGAGCACACUUCAAAACGAAAGUAACAGACUUCUAUCUAAAUCGAACUUCCUGACCAAUGAAUUCAAAGAAGUGAACAUUUAA